UACUGAGAGAACCAUUGAGAUAUUAUCACUAGUUCAUAGGAGAAUUCAAAGCACCUUACAUACAAGGCAGAAUGCUAAAAUGAAUUUACAAAUAGGGCCGAUUACAAUUUUGUCCAGAUGAAAUACGAUUGGACAAAAUCUAUUUGCAUGCCUUUGGACAAGAAUCAUUUGCAUCGCUAUCAGUUAUCUACGGUGUAGAGCUGCAAAAUGGCUCAAAGAUGAUAAAAGGCCAGAGACCCACGGAAUGAGACAAACCAGAAGGCUGUGCUUAGGCAGGACCUCAUUUUGCGUUGAAGACACCCAGUAAUCUUUUUGAUUCAUUUCAAAGUGUUUCCAGAAAUAGGCCACAAAUCCAGCGUCAAGAAUCUUGAAACAGCUUCAAGAUUCAGUGUCUAUACGGAUAGAUAUGCACUAGCUGUUUUCCAUGUGUUCAGCUCCUCGUUGCAUUGGGACCCGGUUAUCCUGCAGGGAGGGGCCUCAUAAAGGGAACCCCGUGACGUGGAAAGCAACAUCCUCAACAAUAUUCCUACUACAGAUGCAGUGGCGACGCUGGUGUAGCCGCUUCCAUUGGCCGGGGCAGUGGUUCUCUGUGUGUGGUCCCAGACACACAGCCCCAGCCUCACCCUGUUUGAGAUGCACACUCUCAGGCUCUAUGAGACUCUGGCAGUGGGUCUCUGUGUUGUAGCAAGCCUUCUGAAUGAUCCUCACGCAAGCUGAAGUUUGAGAAUCAUGGGAUGAGGGCCCUCAGCCCUGCCAUCAUGUUAGAAUUGCCUGGAAAGCUUUAACACAAUAUCAGGCCCCACCCAAGACCAAUUCAAUCAGGAUCCCUGGGUGCAGGGCCCAGUUAUGUAUGUUUUUAAAGCUCCCCAGAGGGUUAUACUGUGCAGCCAGGACAGAAGCCCACCGCCACUAAGUCAUUUAAUGCAAGGUGAGCCACAAGAUGUGCCGUCUUUGGCUCUAGAGAAAUCCACACCUGCAUCCUGAGGCUUAUGUGAGAUGCUGUGUGCGCCUGCCUGCCUGCCUUUAUGUCUUCAACACUGAGCACUUACUAUGUCGAUGGCAGGGGCCAAGGCCCUGAGGAUGAAAAGGCACAUUAGACACCAUUGGUUCCUGAUCUCAAGGAGUCAGUACCUCAUGGGAAUUCCUGGCAGGCGAGGGCGUUGGGGAUGGUGACAGGGUGGUGGGGGCGGCCCCUGGUCUACACUCCGUUCCUGUCUGAUGCUGCUGUCCUUCUUAGCAGUCUGCGAGGGGCUGUGGGACAACAUGAGCUGCUGGCCCUCCUCUGCGCUGGGACAGACUGUGGAAAUGGAGUGCCCACGAUUUCUCCAGAUGCUUACCAGCCGAAACGGUUCCAUAUUUCGAAACUGCACACAGGGCGGCUGGUCGGAGACCUUCCCCAGGGCUGACCUGGCCUGUGGGGUCAACGUGAACGACUCGUCCAACGAGAAGCGGCACGAGUACCUGCUGAAGCUGAAGGUCAUGUACACCGUGGGCUACAGCUCCUCCCUGGUGAUGCUCCUGGCCGCCCUCAGCAUCCUCUGUGCUUUCCGGCGGCUCCACUGCACCCGCAACUACAUCCACAUGCACCUGUUUGUGUCCUUCAUCCUGCGCGCCUUGUCCAACUUCAUCAAGGAUGCCGUGCUCUUCUCCUCGGACGACGUCACACACUGCGAUGCCCACAAGGUGGGCUGCAAGCUGGUCAUGGUCUUCUUCCAGUACUGCAUCCUGGCCAACUACGCCUGGCUGCUGGUGGAAGGUCUCUACCUCCACACGCUCCUCGUCGUCUCCUUCUUCUCAGAAAGGAAGUGCCUCCAGGGUUUCAUCGCGCUCGGAUGGGGUUCCCCAGCCGUUUUUGUUGCUUCGUGGGCUGUCACCAGGCACUUUCUGGAAGAUGUUGGGUGCUGGGACAUCAACGCCAAUGCGUCCAUCUGGUGGGUCAUUCGAGGGCCUGUGAUCCUCUCCAUCCUGAUUAAUUUCAUCCUUUUUAUAAACAUCCUAAGAAUCCUGAUGAGAAAACUUAGAACCCAAGAAACAAGAGGAAAUGAAGUGAACCAUUACAAGCGGCUGGCCAAGUCCACACUCCUGCUGAUCCCGCUCUUUGGAAUCCACUAUGUCGUCUUUGCCUUCUCCCCGGAGGACGCCAUGGAGAUUCAGCUGUUCUUUGAACUGGCCCUCGGCUCAUUCCAGGGCCUGGCGGUGGCCGUCCUCUACUGCUUCCUCAACGGGGAGGUGCAGCUGGAGGUUCAGAAGAAGUGGCAGCAGUGGCACCUCCGUGAAUUCACACUGCGCCCCAUGGCCCUCAACUCCUCCUUCAGCAACGGCACCGGUGGCCUCACCCAUGGCACCAAGACCAGCACCCCGGAGCCAAAUCGAAGCACCUGGAGGGCGAGCGUCAUCUGAGAGGCUGGAGCAGGGCCACCCAUGGACCCAGAGGCCAAGAUGGGUCCCGAGAGGGCUGGACACUGUGGCAGGACAGUCUGUCUUCCCAGCAGACAUCAUAUGCUUACUCCUGUGACUAAUA